AUGAGCGUGUUCGGGUGGAACCCCAAACCCGACCCCACAGCUCCGACCAAAGGCGAUCCCACACUGUUGAUCAGAGCCGAUCCCGCACUUGCGACCAAAGGCGAUUCCAAACUUCCGACCGAAGGCGAACUUCCGACCUUGCUCCCCCCCCGGCCUGAGGCUACAAGGCUCUUGCAAGCACGGAAGAGUGCGAGGAGAGGAAAAUCCAUCGAUGCUGGCAGAGCCAUUCGGGCCAUUGCCGAGGCCUGGAAACUUUCGGGCAAGUACAGCAUGAAUUUCGACUCCGCAUUGGUCUUAGUAGUUGGACAGCAAUCGGCUGGUAAGACCUCGUUUGUGGAGCGGUACCUUGGGUACGCCUUCAGCGUGGUCAGCAAUGGCAUGGCAACAAAGCGACCAUCCGUGUUGACGCUUCUGCCACUACAGGCAGGCAGUGAAGAUGAAGUGACGGUCACUGAAGAACGUCCUGACGGAACUCGGAGCACUGAAGAGGUGUUCAAAGGAGACGAGGCCCUGAUGAAAUUGAGCAAGUGGGUUGCUGACAAGAACACCAACGUUGCAAAGGAGAAACUCUUCAUCACCAUCAGUACUCAAAAAUGUAAGACCCCACGUAGAGUGAUGGAUCUUCCUGGAGUGCGAGCAAGCGACGAGCCAGAUGAAAAGGGCAUCAACGAGGCCAUCAUUGGAAUGAUCAGGGAAGCGAUAUCGAAGCCGAACUCCAUCGUGGUUUGCCUCGCAGAUGCGGCACAAGAACCCGCGAACGACAAUAUGGUGAAGCUCUUCCGUGAUCGUGAAGCUGGCAUGCGCAGCUUCUCUGAGAGGUUAAUUUUAGUGCUCACGAAGGCAGACAACUGGUUUACCAACACUCGCCGUCAUGACCAAGUGCAAGAGCAUUUGGAUCGCUGGAAGAAGGAGUUCUAUGGUAUUGAGCCUAUGCUGAUGGGGAGCACCUUCGACAAAAAAGCCGACAUCAAAGAUGUGAAGGUGCGGAACUGUGAGUAUCAACAAGCAAACCAGCGUGAGGAGCAGGACAUCUGCAAGUUUCGACAAGAAGUCAUGAACACUAUGCAUGGUGAAGACAGCAAGUACUGGGACGAAAAGGUCGGUUUCAAGCAUGUGCAGUCUCUCGUGGAGCAGCUGUCUCUCAACAUGGACAUGUCAAACCUGCAGCGAAUCGUUGACAAGAUAAAGCAGCGCCAAAAACAGGUCGAUCUGACGUUGGACCAGAUUAAGGCCAACCGCGAGAACACCAAUCCUAAAGUACUCGAAGAUAGAUGCAGCAGGUUGGUGUCAGCGCUCCUGGCAGACACGAUCAAGUUUCUUACUCGAUCCUCAGGCGCGUGCCUUGCAGUACAUCUCUCGUCAUCUCGUGAGCUCGAGGAGACUGCGAAGACCCUUCUGCAAGAGGAGGAGGAGUUCAUGCAGAUGUGGGCGGACUUCUCGCCGGACUCCAUGAGGGCAGCCUGGAAGGAGCACAAGAUGUCGAACAUCGACUAUAGCCGCGCUGACGAGCAUGCACCAAGCGAGUUCGUUGAUUUCUACCAGGGCGUUCUUGCAGAUAAGAAGUUCGUUGGGUAUGUCAAGCAAUGUGAGGAUCCGCUACUUCCCGGAGCCGCGCUGCCACGGGCAGCUCAGUUCUUCGAACACAUGGCAAUGCAGUACAUGUAUUUUGACGACAGCGACGUCAGCCGUAUCAAGAACGCACGCACGACGAACCCCGACAUGCCUUUCGUUGAAGACAACCUUCAGCGGAUCUUCAUCUUGGGCAACAUCAAAGCUGCGAAGAUGCGAGACGCCACUAUGUAUUUGGUUCAGAAGACAGCCUACCUGAUGACCGAAGGGUUGGCUUGUGCCUUCAGCAAUAUGAAGAAGAACGAGAGAGAGAAACAGCUCAUUGAAGCCCUGGCUACUGGUUCCAGCACAGAGCAUGUUUUUGCUGUCAUGCGCAGGGGCUUUAUCAAGCACCUGCUGGUGCAUGCACAGCAUGCUUUUGUGAGCUCCGUGAGUGAUCACAACCAGUUCAUGCAUCAAGUCGGGGAAUUUCACAGAAAUGACCGGCACUUGUAUGGGAACGCUGGGCAGUGGUUGCUCACGGCUGUGGACGCCGAAGUCAAAAGCCUGGAAGCAUUGAAACCUGUUGAUCCCACGCAUACAGACUUGAAGACGGGAAUCCAGGAAGGGAUCAAGGUUCUUGGCAACUUGCCCAUGCGUGGGUCGCUGCCUGCCCUAGUCUCCGACAUCUUGAAAAAAACGAAAGCCACGGGCAUCCUGGAGGAAAAGGAUAGUGACCUUCACAAGCUCCUGGGGAUGACUGCCGUGGCGUUUGCCUUCUUUGCACCCCAAUUCUCUGAUGCCGUGGUCAUGCGUUGCAUGUCUGGUUUGCUGGGGAGCUUAGAUGCAACUUUCUACGGGCACGAUUACAAGGAAAGUGUCAUGCAGGAGCUGAAAAAGGUUUUUAUCUCUGGUGACGACGAAGAGCGCUUGCAGGCUCUGAAGCUGCGCGAAGACGAGCUCGAGGAGGAGAACAAGGACUUGUCCCAAGCCCUUGACAAGCUGGAGAGACUCCUCUGA